CUAAAAUUACUGAAGGUGUUACGUCACUCUAAAAGUUUUUUUUCUUUUUUUUCCCUGAAACUGGUUCUGCUACAUAAAUUUAACUUAAAAUAAAUAAUAAUAUAAAAAAUACUAAUAAAUAACGUUUUUCUAUUUUUCCAGUUUGUCAACACUAGUGGAAGUUCCUAGAAACCACCCCCGUGGAUGGGGAACUGGAACAUUCCGAGAUACCUGUUUGGACAUGUGUACAGGAGGACUGACGUUCACCACGUGACUGAUCAGACGCCGGCUGGCAGAGCGGUGAUGACAGACCUCCCGGUCUUAACAGAGGAGCUGUCGGUCACCUAGCAUCAUUCCGCGGAGGCAGCAUCUUUCCCCGGAGCGCCAUUCCUUCCUCACCCGGCCCUAACCCUCCCGCCGUCCCGUCAUCCUUCAGCAUUUUUCGUAGCUCAGUUGUGGAUGGGUCGGCCGGCUGCGGCAGUCUUCGCGGUGCUGGCCGCGGUCCUCGCAUGCGCGCCGGGGAGAAGCCAGCAGCUCAAUGACCGGCCUAUUAUCGGUGUGUUAGCUCAGGAGAAUCUUCCAUAUGACGCGUUUGCUCGUGGCUCCUCCUACAUCGCCGCCUCAUAUGUCAAAUACCUGGAGAGUGCUGGAGCCCGCGUUGCACCCGUACGAAUCAACUUAACAGAUGAAGAAUAUACGAAGAUUUUCCAAUCAAUAAAUGGGCUUCUGCUGCCAGGAGGAGAUGUAGACAUUCAGACGUCACAGUUCAGUCGAGUCGCCAAAAUCUUCUACACCUUGGCUAUAAGAGCCAAUGAUGCUGGAGACUACUUUCCCAUCUGGGGAACGUGCCAAGGUUUCCAGCAGCUCACCGUCCUCACAGCCAAUAAAAACCUGCUCACUCUGACCGACACCAAAGCCGUGUCCAUGCCCCUCAAAUUCACAACAGCAGCCAAGUCCAGCCGAUUAUUCCGGAGUUUUCCCAAAGACCUGCUGCAGUCUCUGGCUAAUGAAAACAUCACCUCCAACUUCCACAGCUGGAGCCUUUCGGUUCAGAACUACACCAAGAAUGCCAAACUAAAGAGGUUUUACCGGGUCCUGUCAACAAACAGCGAUGGGAAGAGAGAGUUCAUCUCCACCAUUGAAGCCAACCGUUACCCGUUUUACGCUGUUCAGUGGCAUCCAGAGAAAAGCCCCUUCGAGUGGAUCGAUAAGGCCGGCAUGGUUCACUCCUUCCCUGCUAUAAGAGCCAGCCUCUACACGGCCAGCUUCUUUGUGUCUGAAGCUAAGAAGAGCCAACACCGUUUCUCCAGCGCGGCUGAGGAAGAGAAAGCUCUCAUUUACAACUAUUCACCCGUCUUCAGAGGCACCACCAGCAUCUUUGUGCAGAACUAUUACUUUGAUUGAUGAACUGGGCUGAAGGUUAAACAGACGUUUGCUCGGUUAUUCUGGGAAAAAAAAGGAAAAGUACAACCUUUGUUUUUAUAGUUGUUUUUUCAAAGGCAUGAAAUGUUUAGGAAAUGUGAUCUAACAGCAACAAAAUGUAAUAGUCAACACUGGAGAACAAGAACAAACAAUCCAGUGUGGUAGAAAAACAUGUUUUUAAAAAUAAUUAUAAAUGUAUGCUCUAAAUGUGGACAACUGUGAGCCAGAAGUGAUACUUAAGAUUGAAAAAUAGCUGAAUUUAUUAGAAAUUGUCCUUUUUUUUUUUUUUUUAAAUAGAAUUAUUAAAUUCUCACAUCAACUUUUAAUAGAUUGAAAGCAGUUUGGCAAGAUGACAACAAUGUUCACGUCCAAUAUAUUUGAUUUUAUUUUUUCAUAAUUAUUUAGUGAUGCGUUUUUACAAGAUAACACACUAAAACUAUUAUUCGCAUUAUCUUAAGAUCAAGUUUGUGAUCACACAAUCAAAAACAGAUUUUCAUUGGAGAUUUAUGAAUGUUGCUAAUCUUCUGGAAUGACCUCAAUCCCGACUUAAUUACUUAUUUUCCAAAAGAAAACAAGCCAUAACUUUAUUUUGUUAUCUUAAGACAACCAUUGUUAGUAUCUUUUAUUAAUAAAUCCUUAUCUUAAAUAUGAGAAGGAAAUAAGUUUGGUUCUCCUAUAGUUUUACAUUCUCAUUUACUUUGGAAGUCUUUGACCAAAAACAGUGAAAAUGUGAUUCUGUUUAUGUUCUUUUGUCCCCAAAUUUAAGAGCUUGAGGGGCAAAACUGUGAAUCAUCAAUGUGUUGGAAAAUAGCACCUUUAGAGUUUUAAUAGUAGACAGUUUUAAUGGAAUAGAGACAUUUACAGUAUAGAUCUGUGGGGACACCCAAAGCUACGAAGACUUGAAGUUUAAACUUAAGUUCACAUGACAACUUUUUUUUUUUAACUGAAGAUUGAUAAAAAGUGAAGUAAAAUGUUUGCAGUUUGUAUGGGUCUUUUCUUUGUCACCCCCUUUAACAUCCGCUUUUUGUCAGGUUGCUAAACUUUUUAUAAAAAGCUUUAGGAAUUAGAGGAGUUGAAAGUCACGAAGAGGAAAUGAAGACGUAUUGUAUCAAGCCUGAUAAUACUUAUGAAUGAGCCAUGUGAACAGGACUGUUAAGAUUUCAGCAAGAACAAAAAGUUAAUUUUUAAGACAUGUAGCCCAUCAGAAUUAUGACUUAUAGCCGUUUAUCAAGAUAUCUACUUUAGUGAAGACGAAAUCUAGACACUAAAUCAGUUUCUGAUUCAAAUAACUAACUUGUUGAAGUCUGACCCCACCUAAAAUAAAAUUACAAAUAGAAAUACACAAAGUAAAUGAAAAGUUGUCCAACGACAAAGUAUCUUCUUUGUGUCCUAGAUCCUCAGUGGAAUGUAUUGCCAAUGUGAAAUUGUUGGCACCAAAGCGCCUGUCAGUUUUUGUGGCAUCAUUCCAUUCAGUAGUUUCUUCCCUUGUGUGGGACUGCAUAAACAAUGAAUAACAGGAUUCAUUUCUUUGUAUUUGUUGAAUAAUUCAAAAGGAUCUAAAGACGUUAAAACUUGCAUCAGAAUGCACAUUUCCUGUGUGUAUGUUUGGGUUUUAACGGAUCCUUUUUCUUAAAAUCCACAAAGAAAAGAGUAUUCUAUUGCACAAAUUGAGCCUUGUUCAUUUUUAUAGCCAAAGAAAGUGUACCAAAGUUAACUGAAUGUUUCCCUAUGCUUUUCCUAAAACUGUCCAGAGCUUUCUGUAUCUAAAAUGCAUUUGUUCAUGGCAGCUCAGUGAGUUUGUAUGCAUGAAACCAGCAAAUGUGCAAGGGACCGUGUUGUUUCUAUAGCCUUGAAUGAUGUAAUAAAGGAAUUCAAUUUA